AGAUGGUCCAAGAGAGAUUUGUUGUCAAGUCCUAGUGAUUCUCCUUCUUUGGGGAAGGGUAACAAAAAAUCCAUUAGUCAAGUUGGUCGGAAGGUUUCUGGGGUUCGCAAGUUUCAGUAUCAUCCAAUGGGAGAUUUGGCUGCAAACGUGGAACCUGUUGACAAAAGGGUUCAGAACCUGUCACAGCAUGUCAGAGGUAUGGGGCAAGGUUAUUCUGGUUACGGCAGUUCUGCUCAAAUAGUUACUCAGGGGCAGACAUGGUUAAAUCCCACUUCUUCUGUGCAGCCUUCUAGCAGAGGCCAUUGGGACAGUAAAUCUGGUAUAUCUGGUGAAGCGAAUGAAACCUUGCAGCAAAAGAUACCUGCUGGAACAUAUACAGGCACUUCACCAUAUCAAAGACAUCAGGUGCAGCAUCAACAGGUGCAUCACUCUCAGCUGACGGGCAGCGAGUUGAGGGUUCCCGCGGCACCUCUCCCAGUGCUGGAGUCUACACCUGUCUCUAGACCUUCUGCCUCGUUGGGAGUUUCACUGGGUUCAUUUCCAAUGACUUCAAAAUAUUCAUCCAGUCUCCAGUGUCUGGGAAGUUCAGCACUUUCCAUUAAUACGCCAAAUAGGAAUAUGGGAAGAACCUCAUGGGUCCAGAAACAAGAUUAUCAGGGUACCAGGAAAACGGGAGAUCCAAAGCACUAUACCGAUGGGGAAGAGCAAACUGGGAAGAAAAGCUCCUUGCAAGAGGUUCACCUUGGUCGAGACACGUCAAGUGCGUCCCGAGGGCAAGAAUCUUCUGAAAAGCAUCUGCUUGAUGCAAACUCCAUUGCUUCAGAUUCUUUGCCGGUCCCCCCUCAUCAUCAGGCACUUGAUAGAAGAUGUGGGAAAGAUCCAAUCUUAGUCCCACUAACAGAAUAUGUUUCCCUUCAGAACCAAAGCAGUUCAAACAGCGGGUUUGAAGCCUGUCGCCAAUCGCUAAAACAGGCACAUGUACCACAGCAAAAUUUGUCCCUGCGCUGCAAGUGCAAAAUAUUGAGCAUACAGAGACAGAUCCUGAUGUGAGCUCUGCAAAGAGAUUCAAAAGAUCAGAUGCUGGUCAUGUUACUCAGCAGAUAGCCA